GCCAGCCCCGGGAUGCCACAGAAAGCCUGGGCAGAUCGAUCAGCUUCUCACAUCGUUUCCCACCCACUGGGCUCCCUUUCUGUGCCCUGUUCUCCUGCCUGGGAGAGCUGGCUCUGUACUGCCUUUGGGUGUUGCCCCCUGUCCAGUCAAAACGGAAUUUGUCCCUAGCAGAGUAGGAGGAGCCCAUUUCCCAUCCUCUCCUGCAUGCAGAACAGUGCAAUUUGUCACCAGUUCCUGUCCUUCCAUUUCACAGUGCCUUGGACAGAAUUUUCCAGGAUGUAGGCUGGGCUGCAGACUUUUCCCAUUGCUUUGUUUGUUACCUGGAGCAGAUGAAUCACAUCCCAACGGUGCAGCUAUAUUUGGGCAAACUCCAUCAGGGCUGGUAGGACUGCACAUAUGAUAACUGGAGACAUAGUUGGAGGAGGAAUGGGCUCCAAAGCCAAGGCCAUUGCCGCUCUCCUGGCAGUCACCUGUGUCUGCAGCAUCAUCGCCCUCAUCCUGAGCGUUGUGAAUGUGAAGGAUGUGCUUCUGCCUCCCAGCACCAAGUACGGUCUGGUGUUUGACGCUGGCUCCACACACACGUCCCUCUACAUCUACCGGUGGCCCGCGGACAAGGAGAACGACACCGGCAUUGUGUCCCAGGUGGAGGCCUGCUCUGUGUCCGCUCCUGCAGGACUGACUGGCCGUGCCCAGCACUUCAGCCUCCCAGGAUCAGGCGUGUGCUCGGCAUCCCCAGGCAUGCCCACAGCCCUCCUGCUCUGGCUGGAGCGGAAGCGCCUGCAGCGCCCAGGGUGCGUGGCCAUGCCGCAACUGCUGCCUCCUGGCAGGACAGCUCCGAGCACGGAGCAGGGCUGGACCUGGCAAGGACCUGGCAUCUCCAGCUACGCAGAUGACCCCGUGGGGGCUGGCGCCAGCCUGAAGCCUUGCCUGGACAGGGCCAUGAAGAUCGUCCCGGCCGAGCAGCAGCGGGAGACCCCCACGUACCUGGGGGCCACGGCCGGCAUGCGGCUGCUGAGGGAGGAGAACAGCACCAAGGCUGAGCAGGUCUUGGCCGAGGUGUCCAAGGCCAUUGGGGAGUACCCUGUGGAUUUCCGCGGAGCUCGGAUCCUGACGGGGAGCGAGGAGGGCUCCUUUGGCUGGAUCACUGUCAACUACCUGCUGGAGACACUGGUCAAGUUCUCGUUUGCAGAGAAAUGGGAACAUCCCCAGGACACCGAGGUUCUGGGAGCUCUGGACCUUGGCGGUGCCUCGACGCAGAUCACCUUCCAGCCCGGGGUGCCCGUGGAGGACAGGAACACGUCCGUGUUCUUCCGGCUCUACGGCACCAACUACUCCCUGUACAGCCACAGCUACCUGUGCUACGGGCAGAGCCAGGCCCUGAAGAUGCUGCUGGCAGCUCUGCACCAGGCCAGCUCGAGUGCCCAGAUCUCUCACCCCUGCUACCCCCAGGGGUACCAGGAGAACAUCACCGUGGCGGAGCUCUACGACAGCCCCUGUGUGCGUGCGCCAAGCUCAGCCAGCCCUGGCCUUGUCCUCGCGGUGACGGGGACAGGGGACCCAGCCGCGUGUGGCACGGCCGUCCAGAGACUCUUCAACUUCAGCUGCGGGGCGCAGGGGCCGUGCGGGUUCAAUGGGGUCUAUCAGCCCCCCAUGCGGGGACGCUUCUUCGCCUUUGCUGGGUUCUACUACACCUUCAACUUCCUGAACCUGACCCGCCAGCAGUCUCUGAGUGAAGUCAACACCACAGUCCUGUCCUUCUGCAGGAGAAACUGGGCAGAGCUGGUGCAGAGCUUCCCUCGGCAUUUGAAGUACCUGCACACCUACUGCUCCGUGGCCUUUUACAUCCUGACGCUGCUGCUUGAUGGCUACAAGUUCAACGAGCAUACCUGGAGCAACAUCCACUUCAGCAGGCAGGCAGCAAACACAGACAUCGGGUGGACACUGGGCUUCAUGCUGAACUUGACCAACAUGUUUCCUGCAGAGGCUCUGCAGCAUGUCAAGGGCCACCAGCCUGGCCUGUGGGCAGGGGCUGUCUCCUUACUUGUGCUGGCCAUCGUGGCAGGCCUGGUGGCUGUUUUCCUACACUGCUCCUGGAAAACAAAGUAGGUCCCUGCCUCCUGACUAGAGGCAUCCUGCCUACUAAACCAGGCAGGGAAGUGGUGCAGAAGAGGUAGAAAGUGGAGAAGAAUGAAGGCAUUAGACCCAUCUCCAUUGCUCAGGAGAUCUGACUGGGUCAUCUCUGUGAAUGUGGAAGAUGACUUGAUCUCUCUCCAAGAGGAAGACUCCUUUAAUCUGACUGCCAAAAGCUGGUUGAGACUCGCUGGCUGGAUGAAGCCAGAAAAAUUCAAACUAGAAAUAAAAUCAGUUUUGUUUUUCAAA